UAAAUCCAAAUGAGACCUCAGAGGCGGGCAUUUUUUUUAUUUGCGUGUUUUUAUCCUUAAUUUUGUCUCCAAUGCACCAUUAAUCUUGAUAUACUUGCAACAGAUAGGUGCAGUGCUCGGGACAUUAUAAAAAAGCUCAACCUGACCAAAGACAAUGAUCUAUACAAGAUGAGUCGACCUGUCAAAGAUUACCGCUCUCGUACGAAAGUAGCCGUCCGAAUGGUGAUGAAUGGCAUUCUAGAUGUGAAAGAGGCUGAGCAAGUUUUGAUAAUUUUCGUUUGGAUUCGAAUGGCCUGGCAUAAUGAGUUUUUGUUAUGGAAUGCAACUGACUUCUGUGGACUUGAGCGUAUUUACAUUGACAAACAGUCUUUAUGGAAGCCAGAUGUACUUAUUGAAGAAACAUUAGACAAGAACAAAGCCCCUACGGGUCCAUAUCUACAAAUUAAGAAUGAUGGUUGGGUUUCUAUCACAGAGAACAAUGUUGUGAUCAGCGCCUGCAGGAUGGACGUUUACAGAUUCCCUUUCGACAUUCAGAGCUGCAACAUCUCCUUCAAGUCUAUUAUGUACCGAUAUACAGAAAUAGAGAGUCUAUUCACCCACAACAACACAUUGAUCAUGAAGAGGAAUACAAAGAUGAUCCGGACGCAGUUCGAGUGGUGGUUCUUGAAUAUGAGUGCCAUUAAUGAAACUGACCGUGAUGGCUUUACCAGGAUUGUUUACACUAUCACCAUGAAGAGGAGGCCUGCCCUCUACAUCGUAAACUUCUUGCUCCCCGUCCUAUUCUUCCUGUGCCUGGACUUGGCCUCCCUCCUCAUCUCAGAUACCAGUGGCGAGAAACUCAGCUACAAGAUCACCGUGUUGCUUGCUGUCACGCUGAUGCAGAUUCUUCUCAAUGAAAUUCUGCCCAGUUCGGACAAUAUUCCUCUUAUAUGUAAGGAAGCUCUGAGACUCACCCUCAUUCGACCUUCAUAUUUGCUUUAUAUGACCAAAAACAGCUCAAACUGA